UUAACCAGAGAUGCAAGAACUGCGUGACUCUGUCUGAGCAUGUGCUGCCGCCGCCGCCGCCGCCGCUGCUGCUGCAGUGAAGUAAAAUGGUCAAUUCCCAUCCGAGGGCAGAGACACCGUGGAGGAGAAGCCGGGGACAACAGACGAGCAGCCACCGAGGCGUCCUGGACAAUCUGACCCGGUGUUGAGAUUGAUCGGCUCCGGCUUGUGUGCUGAGGGAGACACCGCAGAGCCAAAUCUGAAGGCCUGCAUCUCAUUAGCAGACAGAAGAUUUUAGUGAAGGAGAGACGAGGAAGGAUGGUGACCUUGGAAACCCCAGAGGCUCCUGUGCCUCUGACGGCGCUGUCACGCUGGUACCUCUACGCCAUCCAUGGCUACUUCUGUGAGGUCAUGUUCACCGCCGCCUGGGAGUUUGUGGUGAACUGCAACUGGAAAUUCCCCGGCGUGACCAGCGUCUGGGCUCUGUUCAUCUAUGGCACCUGCAUCCUCAUUGUGGAGCGGAUGUACCUGAAGCUGCGCGGCUGCUGCCCCGUGCUGCUGCGCUGCAUCAUCUACACUUUAUGGACAUACCUGUGGGAGUUCGGCACGGGGUUACUGCUGCGCCAGUUCAACGCCUGCCCCUGGGACUACUCCGAGUUUCGCUACAACUUUAUGGGAUUGAUCACGGCAGAGUAUGCUGUGCCUUGGUUCUGCGCCUCCUUCAUCGUGGAGCGCUUGGUCAUCCGCAAAACGCUGCGGCUGCGCUUCCACGAGGGGCCCGAGGACGGCUGGUCAAACCAUCGGUCGGAUGAUGGGGGCGGAGGAGGAGCAGGAGGAACUUUGGGGGGUGGGAGGAGGAGGGAGAGGAGCAGAGGGAUGGGAAAUAGUGCUAACGGCUACCUUAAAGGGGAAUGA